AUGGCGAAUCCAUACGGCGGACAUGACCAAGCGCAACACUACCAGCAAUAUGGUGCUCCUCAAAACUCAUAUGGCGGGCAUGGUCAACCGCCACAACAGUAUGCGCAAGAUCCACAGCAAUAUGCUCAGCCAUCCGCACCAAUGGGGGACUUGACGGCGCAGAUGAGCAAUAUGAAUGUGGCGGGUACGACCAGGCGGAAGAAGGAAAGACAUGCCUACCACGACUUGCAGCAGCCUCCGAGUGCGCAUCCACAGCCAGCAGAGACCGCUUCGCACUUCGUCAGUAACGCUCAGGGCACUCCAGCACAGCCAGCCAAGAUGUUUGUGAAUCCGGCCGAUCAAUUGAGAAUGGGAGAAGAGAUGGUCACAGCACAAGGUCGGGUCGACCCCGAACAGAUACCAAGCGUAGCACGGGCGAGAGACGCAGCAACACAGCAAUAUCAGACACAGACGUAUCCCACCAUGGAGAAACACCUGCCUCCUCCUGCCGCUAUUCCAUUCGUCGCACAUGAUCAGGGGAAUUCGUCACCAAAGUAUGCCCGGCUCACAAUCAACAGCAUACCGAGUACUGCCGAAGCACUCGCGUCUACAGGUCUACCACUUGGUCUGGUUAUGCAGCCUUUUGCUGCUCCCCAGGAAGGCGAGCAGUCAAUACCAUGCCUUGACUUUGGCGAAGCUGGACCGCCCAGGUGUCGGCGCUGCAGAACAUACAUCAACCCUUUCAUGACCUUCCGGGCUGGCGGUAUAUGUCAAGGCAUAUUGAAGGCACUCUAUGGUAGAGACUCGGAAGAAGAGGCUACGGAAGAAGAUCAGAAGAAACUUCCGACAGGCACGAGAGUCGGCUUUGUGACAUAUGACCGAGAAAUACAGUUCUACAACCUGAAUGCAGAGCUCGCGUCGCCGCAAAUGAUGGUGAUGACCGACCUGGAGGAUCCAUUCGUGCCUAUAUCUACAGGAUUGUUCGUCGAUCCGGCCGAAUCCGAAGACCUGAUCAGGUCAUUAUUGCAAUCACUACCUACGAUGUUCCCCCAUCCAAAUCCUGAGCCAGCGCUCCUACCAACUUUGAACGCGGCUCUCGAGGCGCUGAAGCAAACCGGCGGCAAAAUUAUCUAUCUUGAGCGGAAGUUCUUCACAACUGAGGAUGCUGCCUGGAAGAAAACGGCCCAAAGCAUGGUCACUGCUGGUGUCGGUAUAGACUUCUUUAUCUUGAAGCCAUCGACGCCGACUAGCGGCAUGUAUAUGGACAUCGCCACGAUCGGGCACGUGCAGUUCGAAUUGGACCACGCUUUCCGGAGGGAAACAGGCUACCAAGCACUGAUGAAGGUGCGCUGCUCCAACGGCUUGCAGGUGGCAUCGUAUCACGGGUCCUUCUUGCAACACUCUUUCGGUGCAGAUCUUGAGAUUGGCACUAUGGACGCCGAUAAAGCUAUCGGAGUCAUCUUCUCCUACGAUGGCAAACUCGAUCCCAAGCUCGAUGCACACUUUCAAGCCGCGCUGCUGUACACAUCGGCCGAUGGCCAACGCAGAGUACGGUGCAUCAACGUGGUCGCGGGCGUGAACGAAGGCGCCGCUGAGACCAUGCGAACCGUGGACCAGGACGCGGUGAUCAAUAUCAUUGCCAAAGAAGCAUCGUCGAAAAUCACCGAGAAGUCCCUGAAGGACAUCCGGAACGGUAUCACAGAGAAGACUAUCAACGUGCUUGCUGCAUACCGGAAGAACUUCUCAGGGUCACAUCCACCAGGACAGCUUGUGCUGCCAGAGCACCUAAGAGACCUGUCGAUCUAUAUGCUCGGUCUGAUCAAGUCCCGAGCAUUCAAAGGUGGCAACGAACAUGCCGACUGGCGCAUUCACUCCGCUCGUCUACUUCGUUCUUGUGGCGUGACCGAAUCAGCACUCUACCUCUAUCCACGCAUCUACUCCUUACACAAUCUCACACCUGAAGACUGCUUCGCACACCCAGAGACAAUGCAGCUGGUCGUUCCGCCCACUGUUCGCGCCUCUUUCGCAUAUGUCGAGGAAGGCGGCGUCUACCUUGUCGACAACGGCCAAGUAGUCCUCAUCUGGUUGCACGCACGAGUUUCGCCCAACCUGAUCGAAGAUCUCUUCGGUACGGACAAGCAAUCACUACACGAUCUCGAUCCCCAUCUCAACGAACUCCCCGUCCUAGAGACGCACCUGAACGCCCAAGUACGGAACCUGAUACAGUAUAUCACGUCAACACGAGGCUCAAAAGCUGCGACUAUCCAACUUGCCCGGCAGCAGAUUGACGGCAGCGAAUUCGAGUACGCACGUAUGUUAACGGAAGAUAGGAACAACGAGGCCCAGAGCUAUGUAGAUUGGCUGGUGCAUGUGCAUAGGGCGAUACAGAUGGAGCUCAAUGGGCAGCGGAAGAAGGACGAGGCUGCUGCUGAGGGUGACGGUAUUUUGCAAAACUUGACGGGGUUGAAGGCUCCAUAUUGGACAUAG